AGCGUCCGGCGGGCGCGGGUGUUGUGGGCUUGGUUUCCAUAGCAGCGGCGACGCCGCGCCCGAAGGAGGAGGAGCCGGCGGACUACAGCUCCCGGCGGGCGCGGGCAGGGCCAGGCGGCCGGGAGCGGCGGCGAGGCGAGCGGGAUGUUGCCGGUGGCGCUGCCGUUGGAACGCGAGCGGGACUGGGCGCUGCUGCGGGUGCGCUUCACCACGCUGGCGGCCUGGACGGUGGGCUGCCCGCUGGUCGGCUUCCUCUUCUGCGUGGCCUGGGCGCUGCUCUUCCACUUCGCCGAGGCCACGGCCACGCACUGCCGCGUGCCCAACUACCUGCCGUCGCUGAGCGCCGCCAUCGGGGCCGCCACGCCGGAGCGCUACGUGUGGCGCCUCUGCAUCGCCCUCCAGUCGGCGCCGCGGCUGCUGGUGGCCGCCGCCUACUGGCGCUACUACCGGGCCUUCCCCAGCCCGCACCGGCUCUACCCGCGCCUCUGCCGCGCCGUCCUGGGCCUCGCCCUGGGGGAGAACCUGGGGCUGCUGCUGCUCACCUACGUCUCCUCCGCCGAGAGUCACGCCUUCCACCAUUUAGCCUUCGUACUCUUCAUCUUCUCGGCCCUCGGACACAUGUUCCUGACCUGCCUGCUCUGGGGUAUGACCAAGAAGUACGCCAUCACUCCUGAGGAGCGCAAGUCCUACAAGUGGAAAUGGUGGCUUUUCAUCUUCAACCUGGUCACCUUCCUGGUUUCCGUCUGCUUCUACUACCGUCACAAUUGGUAUUGCGAGGCUGGAGUGUACACGGUCUUCGCCUUCCUGGAGUACCUGGUGGUCCUGUCCAACAUGGCCUUCCACAUGACUGCCUGGUGGGACUUUGGCAACAAGGAGCUGGUGAUCUGCUCCCCGCCGGAGGGGAAGCGCUUCUAGCCGAGGACUGGACAGUGGAAUCUCGUCAUGGAGGCCCAGUGCUGUCGCUUUGAAAAGGGGGGGGGCUUGGCGGUCGCUCUGCCGUCCCUGAGUGCUGAAGGGAGAGAAGGAGCCCCCCCAGGGAGGACUCUUCCACCUCUCCCCCACCCGCUUAGUCCCGAUAAGAGGUGGGCAGGAAUCAUUGCAGCCUCUGGCUUGACGGACACUGCUCUGAGAGAGAUGUCGGGGGCCUGUAACCGCUGCUGCCCAAAACUUGGGGAGGGGGGGCAUUAUCUCCAGGACGGUGGGGGGCAACCCCCUUUCCAUGGGAAUUGUUCCCUGCUCGCCCCUCCUUCAGCCCCAGGAUUCCCCCCUCCCUGGGAGUUUUGGUGUCCGUUAUAAGGAAGGCGGUUGUGAACAAGUGGGCGGGAGGGGCUAAGGUGUUUAAGACACCCCUCUCAAUUCCCCCUCCCCUCAAUUUCCAGCUUUUGCACUGAUGUCCCCACCCCCCCAACCCCUCUCCCCCCCCCCCCGGGCCAGGGGAAGGGACGGCUGCUGUGCGUUGACAGUGUUAACCUUCCUGCUUUGCCUUUUUCCAUCGUGAGACUUGGGAAAUGUUCAGAGUGAUCCCUCUUCCAAAGAUACAGACCUCGGGGAGUGUGUGUGUGUGUGUGUGUGUGUGUGUGUGUGUGUGUGUGUUGUUGCGUGGUGGCUGUGUGACCAAAACGGAGGCUCAUUCAGCCGGAACUGAGGCAUCCCUGAAGACCGGCUGAAGGAGAGACUCUGCCCAACGAUUUGGGCCAAAGGUGAGCUGGACGAGGUCCGGCUCCUUCUCUGAAGCCGGGAUGUGGACGCAGGAAAAGGUGGAUUCACUCUGGGUUCCGGGCCCUGCAACCGUCAUAAAUACAAGACGGGAGAAGCAAGGCUGAGCUGAGGGUUCUUCGACCGCACCCCGAAGCCAGGCUGGGAGGCUCCUCUGCACCCCACCCCACCCCCGGGGCAGAAUCGGGGGCCCUGAGGCCACAUGCGCCAUGGGAAGGUCAAGGGGUUCGGACACUGGGACUCGGGGUCACCCAGGAGCGGCAGUUCUGCUUCCUCGUCUUCCUGUGGGAAAAUCCGCAUCGCCAGAUAAUGUAUUUUCGUCCAGUUUUUACUUUCCCCACAAAAUAAAGCACCGAGUAUUUUUUUUAAAA